AUGGCCGAAUAUGAGUUUUGUAUUCUAGGUCUCAAAUUGGCACUUGCUAUGGGUGUUCGUGAAUUGCUAGUCAUCGGAGACUCAGAUUUACUGAUUCACCAGCACCCAGAUCAGAGUUAUAUUGAUCCUUUGAAAAUAAACUUGAAGGAGAAACCCACACAUUAUGCAUACGUUGAAGAGGAUCCUGACGGAAAGCCAUGGUACUAUGAUAUUAAAAGGUAUUCAGAAUCUGGAAUAUAUCCUGAAAGGGCCAGCAACAAUCAAAAGAAGACAAUCUGGCAUUUGGCAAAGAAUAAUUUUACAAGUGGGGAAAUCCUUUUUAGGAGAACUCCAGACUUAGGAUUCUUAAGAUGUGUCGAUGUUGCAGAAGCAAAUAAAUUAAUAAAGGAAGUACACGCUCGAGUUUGCGGGGCCCACAUGAAUGGUUUUCCCUUGCUAGAAAGAUCCUGA